AUGACCCAAGGGACAAGAAUUGCAGUGGCUGCCACGGCCGCAUAUGGUGUGUGGGAUGCCUAUCAUAUGCCUGAAUUGAUCCAAACGAUGCUUGGACCAAAUCUUUUGACGGCCGAAGAUCUCCAACUCGAAGGACCCUGGCGUUUCGAUUCAAAGAAGACGACCUUGUGCAUUGUGUCGUGA